UAAAUAGUAAGAUUAGAUGAUGCAUUGCCAUGGGACUGCAGCAAUCCAUCCGCACAAUUUAUCCCAUGAUAUGUCUGCUUAGGAGCUCCCCCAUCUCUCCGCCGGCGCUCCCCUCCGUCCGAAUUCUCAAUCCUCGCUGUUUUCUUGGCUGUUGGAGCUGGAGUUCAGCUGCGAGGUGCGUUGGGCGUGCUUAUUGUUCGACUUCGAGGUCUCUACCGAAAGCAAUGGCGUCGCCCAAAAUCGCGACGGGUACGGAGUCGAUUUCCUAUUUAAAUCAGCGAGAAGCGGCGGAAGUCGAUGAGAUUCUCAUGGGGCCUUUGGGAUUCAGCGUCGAUCAGCUGAUGGAAUUGGCUGGUUUGAGUGUGGCCUCUUCAAUAGCUGAGGUCUAUAAGCCCGUAGAUCACAGUCGAGUUCUCACUAUCUGUGGCCCUGGGAAUAAUGGUGGUGAUGGUCUUGUAGCUGCUCGUCAUUUGCAUCACUUUGGGUACAAACCAUUUGUUUGUUACCCGAAACGUACUGCUAAGCCUCUUUACGAUGGGCUGGUGACACAGUUAGAGUCAUUGUCCAUUCCAUUCCUGCCUGUGGAAGAUCUGCCGAAAGACUUGUCAGAUGGCUUUGACAUUGUAGUGGAUGCCAUCUUUGGGUUCUCAUUUAAGGGCAGCCCAAGACCACCUUUUGAUGAUAUAAUACAAAAGUUAGUUGCCCUGGGAAAUGACAGUCAAAUGAAACAGAAAUCACCACCCAUAGUCUCCGUAGAUAUUCCAUCUGGAUGGCAUGUUGAAGAAGGCGAUCUCAGUGGCGAAGGCAUCAAACCCACCAUGCUUGUUUCCUUAACGGCACCAAAGUUAUGUGCAAAAAAGUUUUCUGGUCCACAUCACUUUCUUGGAGGCCGGUUUGUCCCUCCUGCCAUCGCAGAAAAAUUCAAGCUUGAGCUUCCGGCUUAUCCAGGAACCUCUAUGUGUGUCCGAAUAGGCAAGCCUCCACGAGUUGACAUAUCAGCUCUUCGAGAGAAUUAUAUUUCGCCGGUGUUUACAGAGGACCAAGCUGAAGCUGAUCCCUUCACUCAGUUCCAAAAAUGGUUUGAUGAUGCCAUGACAUCAGGCAUGAGGGAACCGAAUGCUAUGGCACUGUCCACAACUGGAAAGGAUGGCAAGCCAUCAUCAAGAAUGGUAUUGCUGAAAGGAUUCGACAGAAAAGGUUUUGUCUGGUACACCAAUUAUGAAAGCCAAAAGGCUCGUCAACUAUCAGAAAAUCCUCAAGCGGCUCUGCUUUUUUACUGGGCUACUUUGAAUCGUCAGGUUAGAAUUGAAGGACCAGUGCAAAAGGUAUCGGAGGAAGAAUCCGAACAAUACUUCCACAGCCGUCCGAGAGGUAGCCAAAUUGGAGCAAUAGUAAGCAAACAGAGUACUGUACUACCCGGAAGACAUGUUCUAUACCAGCAACAGGAAGAGCUGGAGGCUCAGUACUCUAAUGGGAGUCCGAUUCCAAAACCUGCCUAUUGGGGAGGUUACCGACUCGUGCCAGAGCUUUUUGAGUUUUGGCAAGGACAACCGUCUCGAUUGCAUGAUAGGUUGAGAUACACUCCUCAAGAUAUAAACGGGAAGAUAGCGUGGGAAAUUGUUCGAUUGUCUCCGUAAGCAUGUACAAUUUUUUUACGAACAUAUUUAUUGGUUAUGAGUGAAUAAGUGAAGGUAAGAAAUGGCCUGCCUUGGCUUUUGUUGCAUGUAUAAUUUGGUGUGGAUUCAUUCUUCUGUACUUGCCCUUGUUGUCGAAAAUUAUACUCAUUUUUUUUUCUUUUCAUUAAAAUAUAUUCUCAUUUUUAAGUUAAAAUAA